AUGAUAAUCAAGAAUAAGAAGACCACUGCAAUAAUAUUAAUUUCAACAGUUUUAUUGACACUUUUUCUGAAAUGUGGUUCACAAUUUAAAUCUAUUGCAAAUAAACAUGCUCAACAGUUAUAUCUUAAAUAUUCAUAUGGUUCAGUUGAUGAAUAUAGAGUUGCUUCUUAUUCAAAUGAUGAGAUGGAUCAAAUUCGUCGAAAUCUAUCCAUACAUUUCCCAUAUAAGAAGAAUACAGAUGAGAUACCAAAAAACAUAUGGCAAAUUUGGAAAUCUGAUAAUAUCUCAACUUUGGAUGAAGGAUUACAAGACUUGAUUCAUUCUUGGAAAGAUCAAGAAAAUUUCACAUAUACAUUAGUUCAAGAUACUAAAUUAGGUGAAUUUCUUCAUGAUUCAUUUAUUGAUACUGCACCAGCUGUAUUGAAAGCUUUAGAUAAGUUACCAGAGAUUAUCUUGAAGACAGAUUUUGCUAGAUAUUUAUUCAUGUUUGCCUAUGGUGGUGUUUAUUCAGAUAUUGAUACUAGAUCAAACCAUAACAUUACAAAUUGGUUAUCAUAUAAUAAUACCAUAACACCAGAUUUACCGAACCAAGUUGGUCUCGUCAUGGGUAUUGAGAGUGAUAAUGACCAAAAAGAGUUCUAUAGAGGUGAAAUGGCAAGAAGGUUACAAUAUUGUCAAUGGACAUUACAAUCUAAACCUGGGCAUCCAAUGUAUAGAGAAUUGGUUUCUAGAAUUGUUGAUUUGACUUUAAAUCAUUUUGAUCCAGAGACAAUGACAUUAACAAAAGAUGGUAAAAAAUUUAAUUUGAAAAAAGGUUCUAGUACAAGAAUGGCAGGUAUAUUAGAUUGGACAGGUCCUGGGAUAGUUACAGAUGCGGUAUUUGAUUAUUUGAAUGAUGUUUAUAAAACAAGUGAAUUAUUAAAUCCAGAAUUGGAUUUCAAAAAUGAUAAAAUGAUUGAUCCAAAUAGAGAAUUGAAUUUGUUUUCAAGAGUUAAAUAUCAGUUACAAAGAGGGUUUAUUAAUAAUGGAUAUGAUCCAUUGGAAAGACCACUUGGAUGGCAAAAUUUUACCAAACAAGUAAGACCAAUUCUUUUCGAUGAUGAUGUUUUACUAUUACCACAGAAAUCGUUUGCUGGUUUUGAUGGUGGUCCUUUGAACUAUGUUAGACAUUUUUUCAAAGGUACUUGGAAGAAUAACUAG